AACAACCCCUAUACAUUCUACAAACAAGGUGCAACGUGCACAGAAAAUAAAUUUUGUUUACCCUCAAAAUGUUCAAAUUUGGCUUCCAACAAAAAGACGAAGAUCUGAAUGAAUUUGGAGGAAAUUACGUAAACGACUAUGAUCAUGACGAGAAUUCGGAUAACGAGGGCAUGCCAUGCAAAGACUUCGAGGAAAUUCAACCAAAAUCGACGCAAAUCCACCGGCCGAUUUUAAGCAAUAUAAUCUACGGAAGUAUGACUUUCGGUGCUGAAAUCGAAGUGCGGCACGUUCGAAUGAAUGCUGAGGAAGAACAAUUGCUUGGUAUCACCGGCGACCAUUCCGAUUUAAUUCCUGGAGUGUAUGAAGGCGGUGGUAAAAUAUGGGAAUGCACACAGGACUUAGGUGACUACUUCAUGAGACCGACGAAUGCAGAAGAUUCAUUGUAUAAACUAAGCUCCGGCAAACAUGUUCUAGACUUGGGAUGUGGGGCGGGUUUAUUAGGUAUUUUGGCUUUAAAGGCAGGUGCUUUCGUACACUUUAGUGAUUAUAAUUCCAGCAUAUUAUCAACGCUGACCAUUGAGAAUGUUUUGUUGAAUUUCCGUGACACCAAGUUGGAAACACUGCAACGUUGCAAAUUUUAUGCAGGCGAUUGGUCGAAGUACGUCGAGGCCACCAAAGAUGACAUCAAAUACGAUUUGAUUUUGACCAGCGAAACCAUUUACAAUGCCAACAAUUACGGGAAACUUUUAAAUGUUUUCAAAACUAAGCUGAAAGACGAUGGAAUGGCAUUGGUGGCGGCCAAAACCUAUUACUUUGGUGUUGGUGGAGGUUGUCGAGACUUUGAGAGACUUGUCAAAGAUGACGGUAGCCUACAGUCAGAAGUUGUUUUUGUUGUAAGCGAAAAUGUGCCGAGAGAAAUCCUAAAAGUGAAACUAGUUAAUAAAUCAUUGCUGUGAGAAUGUC